AAAGCAGCUAGCGAAAAGGAAAAUUUAAUAUGAUUGAAAAUCGCUUAUUUUUGAUCCUGUUCACGAGUAUUCUGAUUGUGGAAACGGCUCAGAUAACAAAGGAUAAGGACAACCCGUCGAUCAAUCAGUCGAACGAGUUCAACCCGCUGGGACCGUUGGUCAAGUGUUCCUUCCUGCCUCUUGAGUUUAUGGAUUGCGACGAACCGCUGGACCACAAAGGCAACCGGACGGCAAAGGAAGAGCAGGGCCACGGAUGUGUAAAGUUUGGCGGCGUGCACUAUGAUGACGUCGAAACCACCCGUGUUAAGUGUGUGGUUUUCGAUAACAUCGAAUGCUUUGGUCCGCGUGAGUUCAUGCGGGAUGGUUUUCCGUGCGUCAAGUAUACGGAUCACUACUUCGUGACCACACUGCUGUACAGUAUUCUGUUGGGCUUUCUCGGUAUGGACCGGUUUUGCCUGGGGCAAACCGGUACUGCGGUGGGAAAGCUGCUCACCCUGGGCGGUAUCGGCAUCUGGUGGAUUGUCGAUAUUGUGCUGUUGAUUACCAACAAUUUGCUGCCGGAAGACGGAAGCAACUGGAACACGAAGGUGUAAUGGAGGACCCGAUGUUACCCGUAUAGCAAAUGCAAAUGAUCUGUAGGCAUUUCAGCGACAAAAAAGAAUACAAAUUUGUACAUAAAGCAACCUGUUCUUAGCCUAAAUAGCUAUUUUGUUUACUGUUAGGUUAAAAAAUUAGAUAUUACUCGGUUUAAAAUAUUAGACAUUUAAGA